UUCUUAAUUAUCAAGGUCCCGCUUAAAACGAGCCCAGCACCUCAGCUGUGCCACAGUCUUGUUCAGAGGGGCGAGUAGUGACAGAGAAGUGCGACCAGGAGCUUGGAGAUCCCCCCACACAUAUACCCAUCCAGCCGUCCUCUGGGCUGAAGCACCAGAUCCCCUCUCACCUCUCCUCAGGACCUGCCUCCACGCAGAGGCCCCAACUGCUGCCUCCUCAGCCAGGACUCAAGAAGACUGAGAAUGGCUUGUAAAUCACAAUCAUCGUUCUGCUUGGUUUUUGUGGGAGCACUGCUAGCAACAGUGUUGCUUCCAGAGUUUUUGGUGGCUGGCCCAGUGGCGAAGCGGUCGAAAGCAGAUGAGUCUAUGAAGGAGAAGGCAGAGGCUGCAGCCUCAGCCAGGAGACUGGUCCGCAACAGGAGGAACAUCAGCUGGUACAAACAGAACUCGGACUUCUGGAACUGGUACAAGUACCACACUGACAAUGGCAACCAGGACGCUGUUCAGGAACUCGACCGUAUCUACCUGACCUACCUGCAGAACAAGAACCGUGCUGAGGGCCGCCGCUCCUACAAGGCCUACCUGGGGCACCUGGGAGAGAUCUACAAGUCUUGUGCUGAUUCGGAGGACCCUGGCAAGUGCGUGGCGUCUUACACCAGCAGGCCCAAGCCUGAGCCGCCCAAGCCUGCCCCGGUGAAGGCCUGUGACCCCUACCGCGACCCUUACUGCCUGUAUGGUCUCAACUCGCCCUACCUGGCCCCCCUCGGUGCAAAGGGCCCGGCCCCCGCUCCAGCUCCGGUCAAGGCACCGGCUCCGGUCAAGGGCCCGGCCUACAUGCGCUCGGCCCCCGUGCAGGACCCACGCACUGGCUACUACUACUACGCACCGGUGCUGGAGUCCUUCCUGUCACCUGAGCAGAGGACCGAGCUGCUGCGCAUCUGCGACGCCAAGGAUGUGGAGUGCCUGCAGUACCACCUGCGCGCUGCCUACGGCUACCGGCCAGCGGCAGGACCUCUGCCCUCCUACGCUCACCUGGGCUGCGACCCCAAGAGUGACCCCACCUGCCUGGCGCGCCUCACGCAGAAGGCCCCAUCCGGCUUGUACGCAUCCUACCCCUACUGCAACCCCCACACUGACCCCUACUGUGCCUAUGCCGCUGCCCUCCAAUCAGCCCAGGGUGGUGACGCCCCAGCAGCCCAAACCUCCCCGCUGAAGAUGCCCUGCAACCCGCUGUUUGACGAAAAGUGCAACCCGCUGACCGCCUACAAGCUGGCCUCCGAGUCAGAGGACGCCAAGGACGAGCCCGCCUCGGCCGCCAUGCGUGCCGCCAUGCGUGCCGCCCCACAACCUGAUCCCUCAGCACCGCGCCACGACCCCUACGCCAUGUUCCGGGACGCGGCUGCCGCCAUGCAGAGGCGCCCGGCCCCCCAGCACCCCUACAGGCUCCCGGCGGCACCGCGCUUCCAGAUGCCCACCCGUCAAUUCCAGCCACCCACCCGCCAAUACCAAAUGCCCACCCACCCCUACCAGCCACCCACCCACCACGAGCCCGAACCUGAACCCCAGGAGGAGCGCCACCCCCUGGGCCCCCGUGGCAAGACCAAGGAGGGCUACGACUGCUUCAUCGGCUACGACGACGAGUGCUACCCACUGAGAGCCACCCAGAACGAGCCUGCAGCACCGCCACGCUCCGGCCCCCACCGCCAGAUGCCGUACCCGGCUGAGGCCUACGAGCCGCAUGUCCGCGCCGACGGCACGCGCAGUGGUGUCAUCGAGCCCGACCCCAACUGCGACCCUGAGUUCGACCCCAACUGCAAGCUGCGCCGCUACGAGCCAGAGGCCGGCGAGGAUGGUACAGCCCAGGAGGAGGCCCACCACGCCUACCCAGCUGAGGAGCACCCAGAGCAGGCCAGCCACCACCAGGAGGAGCCCUCCCAGCAUCAGGAGGAGCCCUACCCCGAGCAGCAGCAGCCCGAGGGCCCUGGGCAGGACCCCUACGACCCCUACCCCAGCGGCCAGGAGGACCCCUACGCCGGAUACGGACCCCAGGACCACGGAUCCCCCAACUUCCAGGACAUACUCCGAGGCUACGGAGACCACUACGGCCAGGAUGACCACCAUGCCUACACAGGAGACUACAAGAAGUGAACAACAGAGAAGAGCAGUUAGAAAAUAAAGAUUAUUAUUGAAAACAAUUAUGUGGACUGUAGAUUAAUGUAUGAAAUGCACACAUUAAACUAAUUCAAUCAUAUACCAAAUGAGGGUAUAGUCAGUAAUAAUGUGGUCCAUAGCCACAACAGGCCAAAGGAGUCUUCACAGCACUUGUAUGGGAUAUGAUGUAAUGUGUAUUUGGUUUAUGUUCAUGAAUGUGUGCUCUUAUGGUGUGUAAGGGAAGUUGGUGGUUGAGCCCUCCUGAUGGAGAUCAUGUAGCCAGGGCUUCAUCCAUUCAGUUAAGUGAACUCACAUAUGGUCUCUAUAGGCGUUUUAGAGUACGGAUAGUGAACGUGAAAAUAGAUGGUGCAUCUUUGACCUCAGCAGUAAAUCGUUUGCUUUUGUCCAUUUUUUUGUAUUUAAUGACAAUUAUUGAAAUAAUUGUCACCGCUUUGCCUAAGUUUAACCAUUUAGAUCUGAAAUGCUUGUUUGUUUUACAGUGUGACUUUUUUAUUUCUAAAUAAAAAAGCUUUGGGAAACUUUUUCA